UUCCUCAAUUCGGCCGUUGUCUGCCUGUUCUGCCUAUCUGUUUCUCCCCCACUUUUUUCCGUCUCCCACCGACUCCCACUAACAUAAACAACGGCCCUGGAAAGAUCGAAGGGCAGAGAAUAAAGAGAGAGAGACAAUAGGCACAUGCGCCUCCUCCUGGUUAUUUUGUGCGGUUGGAGAAUACAGACGAUCUUUAUUUGAGAAAGAAACCAAAGAUGCGUAGGUGGUUCUGUUGUACUUGUCAAGUAGAAGAGUCCUACCCAUCAAAUGACAAUGACCUCAAAAGUCCGAGGAACUAUGCAGAUGCGCACCCAAAAGGCUCUAAGGUAUCAGCACCAGUCAAGCCUGAAGUGCAAAAGGCAGUGCCACCUAUUGAAGUCCCUGCACUGUCUUUGGAUGAACUGAAAGAGAAAACCGACAACUUUGGCUCAAAGGCAUUGAUUGGAGAAGGAUCAUAUGGAAGAGUUUAUUUGGCAAACCUAAACAAUGGAAAAGCUGUGGCUGUGAAAAAACUUGAUGUUGCUGCAGAGCCAGAGUCAAAUGUUGAGUUUUUGACUCAGGUUUCCAUGGUUUCGCGACUGAAGCAUGAUAAUCUUGUUGAGUUACUUGGUUACUGUGUGGAAGGAAAUCUGCGUGUGUUAGCAUACGAGUUUGCAACCAUGGGAUCUCUACAUGACAUUUUGCAUGGUAGGAAGGGAGUACAAGGGGCACAGCCAGGUCCUGUUCUUGAUUGGAUGCAACGGAUAACUUCCCUUUCAUUUUGA